AUGCUGCUGUCUGGAGUUUGUCUGUUGAGGACGGCAAGAGGAGAGAGAGCGAUUCAUAAGAGUCUAGUUUUAAACUGUUCCUUAAAAAUCGAUUUAGUUGGACUCCAUGGGGCCAGAGGCCUCUCUCGCUCCCGCUUUAUCAGGUCCAAGCCGCAGCAGAGGCAGACGGCGGUAUGCAGUUUUCUUAAUUCAAAAUCCAGAAUCGCCUUUCAACGUCGCCUUCAUCUGAACAGUGGCUAUUGUUACAGACGCAGAGGCAUCCGGAAGGCAGCAGUUGUGGAUGUAGCAGCUACUGGAACAACUGGAGAUGCAGACUGUUCUGCUGGCGCUACGGAUGCAGCAGAAACUGCUGCUGCCUCUUUUGUAAAGAUCAUUGAUAAUUCUCAUUUGUCAGGCUCCUUCAACUCUCUGAGUAAUAAAUUAACAAAAAUCAUAGACGACGGCAGCUUUGCUCUUCAAUCCCCCGGGGACAUUUACAAGCUGCUGCACCCAGUCGAUGCCCUGCAACAUGCAGCCGUCCGCCAGCUGCAGGAGUCAGCCGCAAAAGUAGCAGCCGCAGUAAAAGCAGAACCUCCUGCAGCAACAGCACCUGCAGCAGCAGCUACAACAGCAACUGCCUCAGCAUUUCUGGCCCACGCAAGGGCCGCCCUUGUAGUCGUUCGGCGUCUGGGAGACCUGCGGGCUAAGGUGCAGAGAAUUGCUGCGCGUGGGGAACGGUUGAAGCAACAGCAACAGAAACAGCAGCAGCAGCAGCGCUUAGCGGAAAGUGCAUCGACGGGGAGAGCCAGCAGUCUGCUGGGUUUUGGUGCUGUCGCUGAUGCCGCCUGCCCGGUGCCGGCUCCCCUAGCUGCGGAACUGCGAGCUGUUGCAGACUGCAUGCACACAGCUGGAAGGGCCCUUCCACUAAGCGAUGUCCUGCAGCUGUGCUGCGGCCUUGCGCAGGUGCGCUGCUGCUCGCCUUCGCUGGGUUAUGUUCCGCUGCAGCGUCUGCUGCACCUGCUGCAGCAGCAGACGCAGACGCAGGAGCAUGAGGGCAUCGGCGCACAGGAGGCUGCGUUGGGACUGCAGCUAGCAGCGUCGCUGCUGCAGCAGAACGUCGCGGAGCAACCACCAACAGGUUUUGUGCGGCAGCACCUCACGCUGUCAAGGAGCUGUAGAGACAGACAGCAAGGUUCUGCGGCGACGAAUUCGGUAUCUCCCUGUGCUUCUCCUUCUCUCUUUGCCAGUGGUGAUGAAUGCAGCGGCUUCCUAGAAGUGCAACAGAGGGGCCGUGCAGCAGCAGUGCUAGGGGAGGGGGGCGCCCUGUUGCGGCUGUCUCUGUUCGUUAGUGCGCAUCUGCUGGUACUCCUGGCCCGCAGCAAAGUCCUGAGGAAACGCCUGUCGCUGCGAUGUUGUGUACACACAGCUCAUGCCUGCGUGCUGCUGGCUAGCCAGGAAGGCAUAAGCCGCUGCAUGCAGGUGCAGCAGCAACAGCAGCUGACCCCCGAACUGUUUGCUGCUGCUGUAAAUAUGCAACCUUCCACACUGUCCGCUGCUUCCGCGCAUGCCGCUGCUGCUGCAGCCGCUGCAGUUUCGGGGCAUGCGUGGAAUCACGAGGAUAUGCAUGCAUUUCCGGACUCCCCACAGCCCAUAUCUCAUCAACCCUUCUUGGCUGCAGGGACCCCGCGUUUGUCAGACGCUGCAGCACGGCCCCCAUUUGCUGCCGCCACAGCUGCUGCUCCCCUGCAACAGCUGGAUGCGCUUGUAGACUUCGGCGCAUCAGAUUGUCUCGCAGUAGCAGCCUUACUGCGAACCGUGCAGCAGACUCUGGCCCCCAAACUAGCGAUUCUGCUCCUGACAGAAGCAGCGGCACGGAGCAGGAGGCACCACGGGGACUGCGGAUCGGCAGAACACCUUUUGGGGGUUGCAAUGGCUGCUGCUGCCAAAGCAUCUCCCACGUGCGCCUCUCGAAAGAAGCUGCUGCUGCUGUUAUUGCGCCGUCUGGAACAACAGAAACAGCAGCAUAAGCUAUGGUGCUCAGAUUGCGCUCGGCUAGGGGAUAUGUAUCAAAGGGUCUGUGGGGCCUCUGCUACGCAUGCACAUCAACACCUUGCAUUGGGGACCUGUAGGGAUGCAAAGAUGAAUCCAGCAACUCUCGCUUCCAUCUGCCGUUCGCUUGCUAUUGCUGGCGUCCGUGUGGGUUGGCGGGGUCUCAGUUUCAUGUUUGACUGCAUUGUUGUCUCCCUUUUAGAGUUUUUAAAUGUAAAGCCGGGCAACAUAAGUCUGGGUAAGGUGUCUCUGGCCAGCCAGGGGAGAAAGGAGGAUAGCAAGAAUAGCACAGCUGGUGCUGUAUCUGCAGUGGUGAGUGCUGCGCCUCUGUGCAGCAGAACAGCAGCUCAUCAGGAGCGUGGUGCUGCCGUUUGUUGCCCUGCAGCAACACCGUCAACAGGUCAGUCUAAAUUUGUCGUUGCCUAUGGAAGUUGGUGCACUGUGUUUUGGGCCACUUCAAAACUCCUAAAGGCCUCAUACGCCUCCGUACUGCCGUGCAGCCGUGUGGAUCUAAAGCUGCAGCAGGUGCUUGCACGGAAGAUGCUGUGGCUUCUGGUGGCAAACAUUGCUGCUGCGGAGCCAGCAGAUAUAGCACAGAUUGCUGACGGCCUCCGUCUGUUGUUGUUGCUUGACUUGAAGGCAGCGGCUAAAGCCUCACCGAGUGUGGAAAGCGAGGAAGAACGCAGGUGGCCCCUGGUGCUGCGCAGGCAGCGACUCUUUCAGGUUGAGCAGCUGCUGGAGGCGGUUCAGGCAAUAACCAGUCACUUCAUGUCAUAUCAUACACGCUUCAACCAGCUAGAGCUCCUGAGUGUGCUGCGACUGCUUGUACAGCUGGAUCUGCUUUCGUGCAUUGACUGCAGCACAACUUCGGUGCCGCGUGGGCACGCCCACAGCAGCCCUCAUGAAGAGGCAAGUUGUCUUACGGUUCUAAGAAGCGCCCAUGUGUCCACUCCUUUUGUAGCGAGUUUCCUGCGUUGCGCACUUGGGCAGUACUUGAACCUAAGCAGGCGUCAGCACUUCAUUGCGCAGACUGCAGAAUGCCCUGAUCAGGAGGUAUCGGCGUCUUUAGCAGCAUAUGCUCAGGGGCUCCUGCUUUCCAUAAUUUUGAAAUAUCCUGAGGAGCUACGAAGACUUCCGAAAGCACUGACUAAAGGGGUGCUUAAGCAGGCAGGUGUAAAGCAGCUAUCGCAGUGCAGGUGGAAGACAUUAACAUAG